ACUUCCGGCCACCGAGCGUGACGGACGUGCGCAUCAUGUGCUCCAACGGAGCGGUAACAGCGGCCCAGCUUGGCCGUGGAAACAGGUUUGCUGGCUCGAGUGACCAGGAUUAUGAAGUUAUUUUGCCGCGGCUACCAACAGGUCGAAUUGUUGCAAAUACGCUGUUUUUGCACGCCGACGUCAGAGCAAGGCCCUACAAGGUCGAGGAUUUUCGCGACGCACUGGUUCGCUUGGCACUGCUCCCCGAGGUUGUCGCCUUGGGGGCGUACCAGAUGAAUCACACCUGGGCUAUCACGUUCAAGAGUGUUGACGGAAUGAAGAAGCUGCUUUCAGUCCGUGAAGUGACUGUUAAAGAACGACGGUGCAUUGUCAUUGAUCCCGACGACCAGGACGUGAGGAUGAAGAUCCACUGGAUUUUGUACAACGUGCAAGACGAAGAUGUGCGAACAGCCUUUGCACCUUACGGAACGGUAAUGGAAGUCGCCAAGGAACGCUGGCGCGUUCAGGGAGUCAUGGAUAAAGGUUCGUCAACGCGUUGUGUGUCUUUGAAGAUGAAGCCUGGAGUCACAAUUGAUGACCUGCCUCACCAGCUACGCAUUGCUGGAGAGCAGGCCCUCGUUGUGGUUCCUGGAAGAGCCCCGCUUUGCCUAAGGUGCCAUACUUCAGGACACGUCCGAAGGGAAUGCAAAGUUCCCCGUUGCAGUCAGUGCCGUCGCUUCGGGCAUGACCAAUCGCAGUGCGUCAAAACGUACGCAAAUGUCACAGGGCACAUGAGAGGAGAAGACGACUCCGAACUUCUCAUGGAUGCGGACGAAUCCGAGGAGGCAGCGAGAACAGCAGAAAAGAAUACGCCGCAGGCGGCGCCUAACACCGUCAAGGGGGGCGUGGCAGUGACACAGACUGAAGACCAGACCACUGCGUCGAAGCAGGCUGUUGUAGCCCCGAAGAUUGACGCAGCGGAGCGAAGCACAAGUACUGCUACGGAAGCAGUACAUGGAAAACCCCAAGAGGAGGGAGAAGGCAUGGACGUCGUCCAAACAAGCAUGAGUAGCGCUCCAGCAAAGAGGACACACGACAAGGCCUGUGUCGAAGAGGUUCAGCAUCCUUCUGCGAGUAUCGACGAACCACCCCCCAAAUCGGGAGGGCAGCGCCGCCCGACGUUUCGCCCGAAGCCCAACAUCCCGCCGGACAAAAAGCCGGCGAAGACUACACCGACGUAGCAACCAUGGUUCCCUUCUGGCUGGACAAGGGACGAGAGGCGACCCACAACGGGACUACGACGGCCAGCGCGCUGAGGCUGCGCCAGCCUGCUGCAGAACGCGAGCACGCCUCUUGGGUCAGCUCGAGAACUCUUGAGAAGGGAAAAUUGCUGAGCUUCACUUCUGGGUGUAUUAAGGCUGAAGGUGAGCACGAAGCCGUUCGGCCUAUUUAAUUUAUCGCGCAAAUGGCAGGCAAAACAAAAGUAGCACUUAAAUUUGCCACCUUUAAUGUAAGGGGACUGGCAGCGAGGCGGCGUCAGUAUCAAUUAAGCCGCCUCCUGCUUGAGAACGAUGUGGACGUAGUGGCAGUGCAAGAGACCAAGGUGGAAAGUGAAGCUCAGACUAACCGCAUGGUUGAACCUUUUAGAAGGCGUUACAAUGUAUGCGUCAGUCAUUCUGUUGGUACGUCAGGAGGGUGUGCCAUUUUAAUUCGAAAUUCUUUAGGUGUUAUUGAAGAAGCUGUUACCGUUUUCAACACCGGGCGUUUUGUGAUGUGUGAUUUUUCGUAUCUUGAUUUACAGUGGCGCGUAAUGUGUGUGUAUGCCCCAAAUAAGGAAAAUGAGCGCAAAGCUUUCUUCGAAAUGGUUCAGCCCUAUCUGAAGUCUCCUAGAUACAUUAUUCUGAUGGGUGACUUCAACUGCGUAUGCAUGCCCGAAGACAGAGUUACUAACGCGACCAUUCGAAACCAGAGCUCGUUACUUUUGAACGCAAUUGUCCUGGAGCACAAUUUAGAAGACGUCGGUAGUGCUCUGUCAGAAGGUGCCCGUCUGCAGUUCACACAUUUCCAACAAGCAAGUCAUGCAAGACUUGACAGGGUUUAUGCGUCUGCUGGCCUGGUCCCAAUGUGCAGUGACUACUUGAUUAAAAACGUUGCGUUCAGCGAUCAUUGCAUGGUAAUGGUUACAAUAGGAACGAAGACCAAAAGGUCGAAGUUCAACUGGGAACUAUGGAAAUUUAAUAUAAGGCUUCUUGAGGAUGAACGUUUUGUGUUUAAAGUAAAAGAAAAAAUUGACUGUUUGCAAACGGGUGAUCAGAGGGACGUUAUUGGGAAAUGGGAACAUUUUAAAGAAGAAAUAAAAAUGAUCGCUAUAGAAAGAGCGAGUGCGCUGCGUCAGAGCAACAAGGCAGACGAAAAAGAAUUUCAGAGCCGCUUAGAUUUGCUGCUGAGGUUGGAAAGUGCUCAGCCGGGCCAGUACGAAAAAGAAAUAAAAGAGACAAAAAAAAUAAGUUAGAACUGAUGGAUAAAGACAAAUAUAAAGGAGCGGUCAUACGCGCACGUGCAGAACGGUUGUGGUUUGGCGAGACGCCGACAAAGCGGUCCC